CAUUCCUUCUUCAGCCUUUUUCCUCUUCUCUUCCUCCUCGUCCGCCGCUCCUCUCGUCUCCGAUCGGCUCUGGAAUCUCGAUGGACUCGGAAACAAAGGCAACCCCUUCUGCUAUGGCCAAGAAGAGGCCUUUCGCCUCCCCGAUCUCUACACUGGAAUCGUCGGGCAAGGUCUCGCCGGCUGCCGACCAGAUCUGCACGCCGGAGAAGCCACCGCAGCGAUCCAGCAAUCGAAGGCUCGCCUUCUCCAUUAACGAUGUGCGACGAGUCGCCUUAGGGCUUCAAAGGCCACCUGAUCGGUCUAAUCUUGUUCAAUCCGAUGCCAAUCUCUCGUCGGUGGAGGACCAGCUUGGGGAUGGCACGGCGCCUAGUUCCAGUCCCAUGUUGCUGAAGGCUAAAACACUCCUUCCUGAAAAAUACGAGUUGCUGUGUGAAUUUUUCAAUGCCAUGGAGACCUCCAUUCGUUUGCUUAGGCUAAAAGGGGCGUCGAUGCCUACCUUUUCCAACGUCUGCAACAGUAUUCAACAUUUGACAGAAAGGCGUUUCACCUACACGCAUUUAGCACAGUUAAAAUACAUUCUACCUGAAGCUAUAAGUCUCAAGAAGAUUCUUGUUCAUGAUGAGCGUACUUGCUGCAUGAAGCCAGAGCUUCAAGUUAAUUUGCAAGUUGAUGCUGUGGAAAAGAUCAUCAAGGGAAAAAGUGAAACUGGGUAUACAGUCUUAAGGACUGUUUUCAGAGAAAGGCUUCUUGGUUUCGUAAAUGAACAUCCAGAGGGAGAUGCGGUGCCAGAGGAUGAGCUCCCACAUCCAUUUAAUCAAACAAAAUUGAUUAUGCGACCGAGUGUUGACAUCAAUGCCAAUGCAAUAUGCAGCGAAUCUUCAUCGAAUGCUGCUACCCAGCAGCCCUUUUUAGUUGCAUCUCUCAUGUCUCAGUCCUUUCAGAGGCGUUUUUCUAAAUUUGCCGUUCCUAAUUCAAAGAAAACUCCUUUGUCAUCUCUUGGUGAGGAAUCAGCUAUCAAUGAAAUUGCUGCAUCUACUGCUUCAUCACCUGCAAAAUGUGCCUCUAGUCCACCAAUGUGUCGGAAGUCUUUACUUGGUUCGCCUGCAUCAACAAUCAUGUUGAGAAAACGUGGAGGCGAUGAAAGGAAAGAUGGGCACGAACAUAAUGAUCAAGAGGGAACUCCUGCAAAACUCUUAUUCACUCCAUUAAAGAUAAUGUCUAACACUCCGGAAUAUCCUACACCGAAGAGAUGCAGGACAACUAGCUGUGACGAUCCACUAUUGAACAAAUCCGAGAAGAGGUCAACCCGGACAAAAUUGUUUAUGACUCCAAAGAAGAGUGGAAAAUCAGUGGCUGAGGAGGGUUUAGAUAGAACUGCAUCUACUGAUGUCCUCAGUAUUCUACCAGAAGCUCUGUUAAAAUCGAUUAAGGAGAAGGAGAAGAAAGCAGUACAAGAGAAAGAAGACGGUGUUGUGGAAGCAAUUAAAAGGCAAAAGUUGAUAGCUUCUUUGCCCAACGUUUUCAACAUGAUCCUACUCGCUUAUCAGUCAUGGCAGAGAUCUGUUGUGCCAAAGCAUGAAUUGAUCAAUAAGUUAAUAUCGAGUAACUCUAAGAUAGUUGAUAAAGGUGAAGUGGAAGAACAGUUGAAACUUUUGAUAGAAUUAGUUCCAGAAUGGAUCUCUGAAAAGACUGGCAGCUCGGGGCUCAAUCUAUGUUGCGUAAACAAGGCAUCAAAUGCAGAUGAAAUCCGGAGAAGAUUAUUAGAAGCAGAAUAGAAGAGAAGUACCAGAAAGCUACAUGGUUGUCUACUAACUUCAGAACAAACUGCAGAUAGCACUUAUUUUGAUCAAGUGUUGGUGUCAUGUUCAACAUUUUCUUUUUUGUCCAGAAGCUUGAAUCAAAAGUGUAAACUUUGAAUACCAGUCUUUUGGUGUUUAAGUGCUAUUUAUAAGAAGAAUGGUGCCUGAUGGCACACUUUUCAUGUAUGUUAUGGUCUUCAGAAGCAAAAAAAAGUCCUAGAUUAGUAUAGCAAUAAUCAGUUCACCAUGUGUUUUUGUUACUGAAGGAGUAGGUGUGGUAGUGUAAAUGAGCUGAGUGGAAUUUGAUUGUUAUUGUGUUCAAGAUUAUUAGGAACAACUAAACAUGAAACAAAGAUGAAAGUAUUGCCAA